GUCCCCAAUUCGUGCCCUGAUGGACAUCUGGCCACCUUAACUUGAGUCGUCUUAAUUUCUCACAGCGUUCAGCCUCUUAGGGCGUUGUCACAGCAUUAAGGCGCCUCAACUCCCUCUGUCUUUAUGACCUUGGGCACGUCGGGGCAGCUCGGGGUGCACACCUGUAGUUUGGGGGUGAUGCCAUGACCACCAGCGAACUUCGGUCAGCCGACUCCUAAACACAGAACCUGGUGUCUAAUAGGUGACCCCCAUAUAUGGUGCCCCCUCUGUGGUUCCGAGCAGGCGGCUAACUGUGUGGGCUGGGCCGGAGCCGGUCACGUGUGCGGCGGGUCUGGGAGCCAGGAGGCAUGGUGCACUCGUCUCCUUCCGGGAGGGAGCCCCGCCUGCGGCCCCGCCCCCUUUGCGCGUUCAGGCACUGCCCGUCCCCUGCCCACGUGCGCACUCGGCUCCCUGCGCCACCUGACUGGUGGGGUGCGCUACGGUUGCACCAUGACACUGGAGGCGAUCCGCUACUCGCGGGGCUCACUGCAGAUCCUCGACCAGCUGCUCCUGCCCCAGCAGAGCUGCUACGAGGCAGUGAGCUCGGUGCGCCAGGCCUGGGAGGCCAUACGCGCCAUGAAGGUGCGCGGUGCCCCGGCCAUCGCCCUCGUAGGCUGCCUCAGCCUCGCCGUGGAGUUGCAGGCGGGCGCCGGGGGGCCCGGGCUCGCCGCGCUGGUAGCCUUCGUAAACGAUUCACUGAGCUUCCUAGUCACCGCCCGGCCCACCGCUGUCAACAUGGCCCGCGCAGCCCGAGACCUGGCAGACGCCGUGGCCCAGGAGGCCGAGCGAGAGGGCGCCACCGAGGAAGCGGUCCGGGAGAGGGUGAUCCGCUAUGCCGAGGACAUGCUGGAGAAGGACCUUAAGGACAAUCGGAGCAUUGGUGACCUGGGAGCCCACCACCUUCUGAAGCGGGCAGCCCCCGGGGGUGGCAAGGUGACUGUGCUUACCCACUGUAACACUGGCGCCUUGGCCACUGCUGGUUAUGGCACAGCCCUUGGGGUAAUCCGCUCACUGCACCGCCUGGGCCGUUUGGAGCACACCUUCUGCACGGAGACCCGGCCCUACAACCAGGGAGCGCGACUGACGGCCUUUGAGCUGGUGUACGAGCAGAUCCCUGCCAGCCUUAUCACCGACAGCAUGGCUGCCGCAGCCAUGGCCCACAGGGGCGUGUCAGCUGUCGUUGUGGGAGCUGAUCGUGUGGUUGCCAAUGGUGAUACAGCCAACAAAGUGGGCACCUACCAGCUGGCCAUUGCCGCCAAGUACCACGACAUCCCCUUCUACGUGGCUGCCCCCAGCUCCUCAUGUGACCUCCGCCUGCAGACAGGCCAGGAGAUUGUCAUUGAGGAGCGGCCAGGCCAGGAGCUGACUGACGUGAAUGGGGUCAGGAUUGCGGCACCCGGGAUCGGGGUUUGGAAUCCUGCCUUCGAUGUCACCCCACAUGACCUCAUCACUGGCGGCAUCAUCACGGAGCUGGGCGUCUUUGCCCCUGAGGAGCUCCGGGCAGCCCUAGGCACCACCAUGUCCUGAGAGGGGAGCUGGAUGGGCUCCAAAAGUAACCAACCUGGCUCUCCCUACCAUGCCCCAACCCCCUUGUUUUAUAGUAUGGAACGGCCUGCUCAAAAGUUGACCUUCCUUCUGCAGCCACACUUCUUCCUAGAGCAGGGAGAACAGACAGGGCCUUCCAAGGCAGCUGGAGCCAGGCUGUCCGGGUUCAAAUCCCAGCUCAGCCAGUUUUCCUGCUGUGUGAUCCUUGGGCAACUCACUUCACCUCUCUAUGCCUUGGUCUCCUCAUUUAUAAAAUGGGGACACAUAAUACUAGUGCCUCCCUCUUAAGGUUGACCCUUCAGGUGCAAAGAUAAGAGGAACUCGAAAAAACUCAAUAAUCAAUAUAAAUAAUAUUUUAAUGCAAUAUUUUUAAAAAUCAAAAUUAACACACACACACACAAAACCACCAUGAUGAAGAAUAUACUAAGGCUUUAAAUAAAAGAUCCCACCCUGCACUUGAUGACUUGGCCUUACCCACCUCCCCCCUAAUAUCAGCCCUGGUACCAAUAAAAUUUUAUUUACAAAAACAGGCAGCCACCCAUGGGCUGUAAUUUGCAGAUUUAAUUUUUUUAGACAUUAAAAGAUUAUUUUUAAAUGAACAAAAUACGAUUUAACUUGAUUACUGAGGUUUAUGGCACCCCCUUAAAUUUUGCACCAGAGGUGAGUGCCUCAAUUGCCUCACCCUAGUCUGGCCGUGGACUGAGUUGUUAUGUAUAAAGAAUAUAAAACAGUUCAUAGCACCAAACCAAAAAAAAACCAAACCCGUUGCCAUCCAGCCAAUUCCGACUCAAUAGCGACCCUAUAGGA